AUGAAUUUAGAUGCUGUUCAUAGUUCACAUCAUAAUGAUCUAUUUGUUCCUGAAAAUGAAAGAGUUGAUUUAAGUGUUAGGAAUUUGAAGGUUGUUUUCAAAAAGAAAGAUAAGAAAGAUUGGAAACAAAAGUUGCCAGGAAAGAAUAAUGAUGAAGAGAAACAAGGUACCGCUGUUGAAACUGGUGCUCCAGCUAAAAUAAUUUUGAAUGAUAUCAGCUUAGAUUUACCUAAAGGUCAACUUUUGGCUAUCUUGGGUGCUUCAGGUAGUGGUAAAACAACAUUAUUGAAUACUCUUUCAUCAAGAAUGAGUUUUGCCAAAAAUUCAAGUAACCCUUUCCAAUUUGAAGGUUUGGUUCAAUAUUCACAAAGAAAUCCAAAUGUUUCAUAUUUAUUGCAAGAAGAUUUGUUCAUGCCUGGUUUAUCAGUUAGAGAAACUUUGAAAUUUACAGCUCAACUCAAACUUCCAAAUUCAUCAAAUCAAGAGAUUGAUAGCUUGAUUGAUUAUUUAUUUGAAGCUUUGGAUUUGAAAAAAAUUGAAAACACAAUGAUUAACGAUUUUAAGUAUAAAUGUACAUUGAGUGGUGGUGAACAGAGAAGAGUGUCAUUAGCUAUCCAAUUGUUGACAAAACCUUCAGUGUUAUUCUUAGAUGAACCAACAACAGGUCUUGAUGCGAACACGUCAAUCCAUUUGGUCCAAACUGUUAAAGAUUUAGCUGCUAACUUUGGUAUCACUGUUAUCAUGACCAUUCAUCAACCAAGAUCUGAAAUCUUGGAAAUUGUUGAUCAAUUAUGUUUAUUAGCAAAAGGUGGUUCAAUGUUAUUUAUGGGUUCAUUAAAUGAAAGUCAAUCAUAUUUUGAACAAACUAAUUAUAUUACUAGACAAAUUAAAGUUGAAGAUGAUGCCAAUUUUGCUGAUUUUUUAUUGAAAGUUUCUGCAAUUGAUCAAACAGUGUCUAAAGAAGUUGAAAUGGAAGCCAGAGAACGGGUUAACAAACUUGUUUCCCAUUGGAGAUCUCAUCAAUCAUUGAAAUCGAACAUUGAAUAUUCAAACACAUUUGAAUCUGGUCAACCAAUUUUCAACCAAAAUAAAACAAACAAACCAUCUUUCAUUAAAGAAGUUAGAAUUUUGAUGCAUAGAUGCUAUGUGUUAACUAUUAGGGAUGGUCAAAGUAUGAUAACAUUACAUGGUAUCAUGAUUAUGCUUUCAAUCAUAUUGGGUUAUGCAUUUUAUAAACCAGGUGGUGAUUUAGGUGGUAUCCGCUCUAUUACCUCUUCCCUUUAUAUUUGUUGUGAAGUUUUAGGAUUUACACCAUUGAUUUAUGAAAUUGAAAGGUUAGCUGCAACUGAUGGUAGAUUUUUAGUUAGAGAUAGCAAAGAAGGUGUCCAUUCUAUUACAGGGUUUCUUUUGGCUCGUAAAUUGGUCAAAUUAGUUUUGGAGGAUAUACCAAUUGCUAUUGUGUGGUCGCUUAUUACAUACUUUAUGUGGGGAUUGAAUGAAACAAGUAAUUUUGGUAUAUUUUUCAUCAAUAAUUUAUUAAUUCUCGGUGUUGGUAUGGGUACUGCUCUACUCUGUUUCAUGUUGGGUAAAUAUCAAUUUGGUGCUGCUAAUUUGAUUGUUAAUUAUUUUUAUCAAUUACAAAACUCUGCAUGUGGUUAUUUCGUUAAUGCAAAAACCAUGCCUGUGUAUGUUAGAUGGACAAAAUAUUUAGCUAAUUUCUGGUAUGCUUUUGGCUCAUUAGUUUCCAAUAGUUUUUCAGACUAUACAGGUGAUUGUCCUUACGAACCUGGUAGCAGUGAAUGUUAUGAAUAUACUGGUGAAUAUGUCUUGAAGAACUUAGGUUAUCCAAAAAGCUGGUAUGCUACACCUAUUGUUGUUAAUAUUGCGUGGAUGUUAUUUUUCAAUAUUGCAAGUGGUACUUUACUUUGGUUUCAAUCAAGACGCAAGACUGUUCGUACAGUUAAACCAAUUCUGCCAAAGACUAAAUCACUGUUCAAUAGUGGUGUUCAAUCAAACAAAGAAAUUUUAACUAAAGUUUAUUCAUCCAAAUUCAUUGGUGAAAUUUUUGUUAACUUGAAAGAUAUCAGAUUGACUUUGAAACCAUCAUUUAUGAAGAAUACUGUUUUGCGUAAACCGUAUGAUGCUAAACAACUUCUCAAAGGUGUUACUUGUACAUUUAAACCAGGUGUUAAUGCAAUUAUGGGUCCUUCAGGUUCAGGUAAAACAACAUUGUUGAACUUUGUUACUGGUCGUACACAAAAAAGUACAAUUUCAGCUAAAGGUGAUGUACUUUUGAACCAAGAUGAAAUACCAUUUGAUUUGUUGAAAAAAAUCACAACUUAUGUGGUUCAAAAUGAUAAUGUUUUAAUUCCAACUUUAACAGUUAGAGAAACCCUAUAUUAUCAAGCUAGAUUAAGAUUAGAUGUUUCAAGAUAUCCUUAUAUCCCUGUGAUUGUUACUGAUUUAAUCAGAAAAAUUGGUCUUACUGAUGUUGCUGAUAUACCAAUUGGUGAUGCUCAUACUAAAGGUAUCUCGGGUGGUGAAAAGAGAAGGGUUUCAAUUGCAAUUCAAUUAUUGAAUGAUUCAAAGAUUUUAUUGCUGGAUGAACCAACUUCAGGUUUAGAUUCAUUUACAUCAAGUUCUAUUAUUGCAUUAUUGAACGAGUUAGCUAUUACAGAGGGUAAAACAAUUAUCUUAACAAUUCAUCAGCCAAAAUUUGAAAUUUUCCAAAAAUUCGAUAAUGUUUUGUUAUUAGCAAAUGGUUCAGUUAUUUACGAUGGUGCUCCACUAGAUAUGAUUGAAUACUUUGACUCCAUGGGUCUUAGACCAGAACCUGAAAUGAAUUUUGCAGACUAUAUGUUAGAUGUUAUUUCAAAUAGAAGUGAAAAUGGACCAGAAACUGCUGCUAAGAUGAUUGCAAACUGGACUAAAGUUGAUAAAGGUGAAUUCACUGAAGAUACUAUUCCAGUAUCUGAAGAUAAAGCUAACAAAGAAUAUGAUCUUGAUCAAUACAAAACAUUAAUUAAAAAACCACAUAUUCUAAAAGUUGCAUUCCAACCAAUUUUAGAGAGACAAUUCAAGGUAAUUUUAAGAAGCCCUAAUGUUUUCUUUUGUCGUUUUGGUCAAAUCGCUGGAUUAUCAGUCAUUCAUGCCUUAUAUUUUUCACCAAUGAGAAAUGACUCUGAAUCUGUUUUAAAUAGAUUAGGAUUGAUCCAACAAGUGACUGUCUUAUACUUUGUUGGUAUGUUGAGUAAUGUUACAGUUUUCCCAAUUGAAAAAUCAACAUUUUAUCAAGAAUAUGAGGAUAAUACCUAUAACCCAUUAACAUUUAUGAUUUGCUAUUUGAUCAAUGAACUUCCAUUCGAAUUAAUAACUUCAUUCAUUUUUGCAAUUUUCACAGUUCUAGUUGUUGGAUUACCAAGAAAUGGAGGUAUGUUUUUCACAAUGUUUUAUAUGUGCUUUGGUAUUUUAAACAGUGGUGAAAGUUUUGGUAUGAUGUUUACUUCUCUUUUUGAUCAUUUGGGUAUCGCUGUCAAUUUUGUUGCAAAUUUACAAGUUGCUGGUGUUUUCUUAGCUGGUACCAUGUCUAUUAAUGUUCCAGUAUUAUAUAAAGCAUUCAAUUAUAUCAGUCCAUUGAAGUAUGUUGUUUUGGCAUUGGCAGAUUUAGUUUUUACAGGUCAGAAAUUUGAUUGUCCAGAAGGGAUUGAUACAUGUUCUUUACAAACAGGUGAACAAGUUCUAGAUCAAUAUAAAUUCAAUAGUAAAUUAUUUACCAAUUACGUUGCACUUGCAGCUAUUUUAAUCUUAUAUAGAUUGGUUGCUUAUGGAAUCUUUGAAUUCAAGGUUAGAGUUUUAAGAAAAUGA